AUGUCGGUCACCGUCCUCAGCUCGCAGCCUCGGGUGCUCUAUCACUCACUUACAUGGCCGGAACCACCAUUCUUACAAAUCCCCAGCCUCGCGACCGCCACCCUCAGAACCCUCAGCGCACUCGAAGGGAGUCAGACCAAGCAUACACCACACAAAAGUAGCAGCAUGAGGCUGACACGCCCCUCCGAGGCCCGGAGGUUCGGCUUGCUGCACGUUGCCGGCGAGGUUCAUCAUGUUUCCGAACAGGGGCGGACCAGCGGAGAUGGCGGCCAGACGGGCGCCGGCGAGGCCGGGAUGGAGUGUUACUCCGGAGGGACCCUCGACACCAUCUUGUCGGAAAUGGUCAUCGUGGUCCCCUGCAAGGACGAGGAGCUUUCGGUCAUCAGGGGCGUCAUCUCUGCCAUCCCAGCCCCUUGUCUUGUCAUCCUAGUCUCAAACUGCCAGAGGAGCGCGGACGACGAGUACGCGCAGCAGGUAGCAAUGGUCAAGGCGUUUGGCGGCGAGAGGAGACAGUUGCUAGCCAUCCACCAGAAGGACGCCGCCGCGGCCGCCGCUUUUAGAGAAUCCGGCAUGGCCGAGUUGUGCGGUCCGGACGGGACAAUACGCGAUGGCAAGGGGGAGGGCAUAAUUCUCGGCGUUGCCCUUGCAGCGGCCUUGUGUCCGGGCCGGCGCUACAUCGGGUUCGUCGACGCCGACAACUUCCGUGCAGGGUCGGUGAAUGAGUACUGCCUAGCCUUUGCCGCCGGUUUCGCCAUGUCUCCGUCCCGCGACCGAGAAGACACCAUGGUCCGGCUGAAGUGGGCUUCCAAGCCGAAGCUGCGCGAUAAUGGACGUGUCGAGCUCGUUAAAGAGGGCAGAUGCUCCAGGAUCGUCAACUCCUGGCUUAACAAAUUGUUUGCUUCGGGCGAUGGGCAUGGAGCAGACGGCAAAACCGGCAACUUUAUUACCACGGGCAACGCCGGCGAGCAUGCCAUGACCAUGGGCCUAGCUCUCAAGUUGAGGAUGGCGGCUGGGUACGCCAUCGAGCCGUAUCAUUUCGUCGACCUGUUGGAGCGAGCCCAUUUCUCAGUCUCCCGAGUCGCUCAGGGG